CUAUCGUGUAUAGCUCGCUUGGAUACGCCAGGUAGUACAUAUGUAGUACGUGUGUAGUACGUGCAUCGCACUACGCACGCGCGCGCGCUUACCUCCUAUGUGUUCUUAAGAGGAGCGUCUCUAUCAAACUCCAAAUGUACUUAUCUGUAUUUAUCAGUAUAAACAAUCUCAUUCCAAUUUUAUAUUAUGUUUUUUAAACGGGUUAAUACGAUUAUGCUAUCGAUCCAAAUAAAUACCGUUAAUUCAAACUCAUCAUUAUUAUUUCUAAAUAGUUAACUAGAUUUAUUAUUGUAGAAAAUAUUCAUAUAUGUAUUACUCUCCUAAAAUUUACUUUUUAAUUUUAAUAAUUUAAGAAAAAUUUGUUACACAUUACUUAAAAUCAAUUUCCGGUUGAAAACUAUUUCCUAAUUUCAUUUAUCUGUUUAUCAAUAAAAUAAAUACAGACUAGAUUACAAUAGGAGCACUGUUCUCUUUCAGUUAGUCAUUGGAUAUAAGCUUGAUUGUAUUACAUUAUUUACUAUUAGUGUGAACAAAGCAGGUGUAAAGACAUUUUUUUUCUAUCGGAUUGCUAUUUAAAAAUCUAAAAGUACACGCGAAAGAUAUGGAUAGAUGCAAUUUUAUAAGUUUAUUUUUAAUCACAACGUCGUUGUCGGUUGCUAUUGGUCGAGGUAAGGGAAAACAAAUAUAUAUGUUUUUCGCGAAUGUUCUUUUUGUUUUGUUGACUCAUAACAAUGUAACAAAGAAGAUUUUUUGUUUUUUACUAUGUUAUACAGCAGCAGAUAUUCGUGUUUCGCGCGUUAAAAGAAUAGCAGGAGGAAAAGACAGCGAUGAAAAUGAAUUUCCAUUUCAAGUUUCCUUACGAUAUUCGGAUACUGUACACAUUUGUGGGGGUGCGUUGAUAAGCGAAAGACACGUUUUGAGUGCUGCACAUUGCGUGUGCGAACUUUUCGACGAACCUUAUGAUGAUUUAUCGGUAGUUACCGGUUCUAUAAGUGUUAAAAAAGGUGGUAAGUAUCAUAAGGUUAAAAGCAUUCAUUGUCAUCCCGAAUACGCUUUUGGAGCAGAGGAUUCUUGGACCCACGAUUUGGUAGUCAUCACGUUGAACGACAACGUAACUGUGAGUUCUAGUCAAGAGCCUAUCGACUUGCCAAAUUCGGACACAUUCGAAAACGUAUCCGCGAUUUUGACGGGUUGGGGUAGACAUCAUUCUCUUGGUCCCUUGUCAGACAUUUUACAAAAAGUUACUCUUACAACUAUUACUAACGAAAAGUGUCAAUCUUAUUACAAUAAUACUAUUUUACCAUCUCAUUUGUGUACCUUAGAACAUAAGGGAAUUGGCGCCUGUAAGGGCGAUAGCGGCAGUCCACUAAUUUACAAUAAUCAAAUUAUCGGAAUAUUUUCUUGGACAAAGCCAUGUGCAGUUGGUUCGCCCGAUGUCUACACCAGAGUUUAUCAAUUUAUAGAUUUCAUUCGAAAUGCUACGCAAUAUGAAGAUUAAACACAACAAACAGAUGUACCAUU